GCAUUAAUCGUGUGAUAUCACAUUCCCAGUGAUUUUCGUAUUUAGCGGAUUUAGAUUUAUUUUUUAACUUUAUGUUAGGAUACAGCAAUUACCCGAUGUCGCACUUUUCAAUGAUAUUUUCUCUCUAAUAAGUAAUCAAAAUGCAUAUCAUUGAUUGAACUUGCAUUUAUGAGACUAGGGUUCCAUCUCUUGGUUCGACUUCGAUUGAUAACAUUAGGGUUUCAUCUCUUGUUUUGUUAUUUUGAUGAUUGCAAAUUUAUUUUCCGAGCUCAGUUUUGUUGCCUUAUCGGCUGUCAUCCCGUUGAACCCUAACUCUUCGAGUCAUUCUCUCAGGAAAAAUUUCUAUCAUUUUCUGAUUCAUUUCUACCUAUUCUGAUUUGCUUUAUUGCUUAAUAUUCAAAAUAUGGGGUCUUGAUCACUUUAUGGGGACGAGAAAAACUUUCAGAAUCAUCUGAAAGUUGUUGUCUAAAACCACCCGAUUUCAGAAUUACAUCGAUACUGAAAGUUUCAUCUUACAUUGAUUUUGAAAAUUGAAAGCUUUAUUAACUAGUGAAUAAAAGAGCGGAGGUUUGUCAAGUGACAUACUAAGGAAAAGUAACUAAACGAACGAACAAAGCUCUUGUUAAUGAAACUAAUGAUUAAAUUUAAUCAAACAAGAAACAGACUAGAGUAAGAAAUGAUGAACAUUAAUAAGUGCAAAGAUAUGAAACUUAAGCAACAAUAAGAGUAUAAGUUUUUACUAUUUCAUUAGAAUUUGUUAACACAUUCUCUAUACACAAAUGAUAAUUUAAAAUGUGAGAUGUACUUGCUGUUCAUUAAUAACGGAUAGAAAUCUGCACAAUAUUAACUACCACUAUACCACUUACAGACGACCACAUAAUUUACGAAUGCAUGUAAAACAUGAGAUUUUGAAGUGAUAUGAAGUACAUGUUAACCAUCACUUGAUGUAUGGUCAUGUAUAUAGGGAUACUACAAGUUUUGGGAUCAAAAAUCAAGUAAAUGUUUUUGUUGUUUCGUUAUCAACUCCUUGUCAAAUUAGGAAAUUUUGUAUAAUGGUAACAUUGAAUUUUAGUUCCUGAGUUAUAAAUAUUUGUAUGAAUGUUAGGUUAAAAAUAGUAUCAUUGUUAUUUUUUCAUUUUAAGGGAAAAUGGAAAAAGGUCAAAGAGAUUGAGGGUCCAACAUAAUCAUAUAAGGGAAGAAUUUGAGCCGAGAGAGGAGGAAGAGAUGAUUAAUAUUUUGCUAGUAAUCAAUGUUAUAGUGGCUGCCACUUUUAACGUAUAAAUCCUAAAAGAAGUUAGGUAGUUUGGUGCUUUUUAGUAAUUACAUACAUACUUAGUUCUAAGCUUUUACAUUGUAGUGGCUGAAAGUUUUAAUGUUAUGGAUAAAAUACUCUAUCGUGGAUACUGAAAUCCAAGCAAGUCUUCUUGACCUGAAGUUGGGACCGAGAAGACAUGGAUAAGAAGGGGAGAUAGUUUCUUUUAGUAAGUGUAUGCCGUUGGUAUGUUAUUUUGCCUUAUUAAAGCAACAAUGGCAGGUUACCUGCUAUCUAUGUUAUAAGCAGGUAUAAACAUACAUAUCGGUCAGGUUUCCGAACAGCCUUGUGUGAAACUGAUCCUCUGUAGCUAACACCACAAACUUCAUUCUCUGACUUACUUAUUUUGAGUGAUUAUAUAGGGAUUAGGUAAAUGUUUGUGCACUAAAACCUCUAUUACCUUUGAUUGAAUAGCAGUGUCUUACUUUAAGCUUGUAAUAAUUGGUGCUUCCAUUUUUUUUCUUUUCAUAGAUUUGGCAAAUUAUCUUCUUGUACCUCACUGCUUUCAAGUUCUUGUAUUUUAUUUGCAGAAUACUUCUUUGCUUAGUUAUAAUUGUUCAUUAAGUGAGUACUUAUGCACAAUGUUUUGCUUAUAUUGCAUGUUGGAAGACACUGCACGAUUUUGCGUUGCCUUUGACAUGAGAAGCAUAUUGUUGAUAUCGCAUCCACACUAAAAUGUAGCGUAGCUCUGUAUGAUCAAUGGACGCAGGUAUGAAGCAGCUGCUUCAGUCUCUAGUUGAGAUUGAAACCGAAGCUGAGCAUAUCCUCUUGGCAAGGCAUCAGAUGGUUGAAAAUGACAGGAUAAGAAAUGGUAACAGAGAGGCCUUAACAGCUCUUCGCAAAAAGGCUCGCACCACAAAGAGCAGUGUUCCAUCUCCUUUCGAGGCAAUAAUGAAGGAUUUAGAGGGAACUGGAUCAAGGCCACUUGUGGAAGAGAUUUGUUCGACUUGUGGGAAUCACGACUCGAAGGAAUACACAUGGAUGAUGUUUCCAGGAUCUGAUAUUUUUGUGCGUAUGCCUUUUCAUGCAGUCCACACAGUACUAGAGAAAGAUCAAGAGAAACUGGAUUACGAAACCAAGAAGCUGCAGAGCUAUGUGAAAGAGAAGUCGUUGAUAAUCUCCGACAAAGGAGUUCUUGCUGACAGGGUUAGUCCUGGUGUUGUCAAGUCUUUGGUCACAUUAACUGAUAACUCCAAAUAAAAUUUGUAGCAGCGCUCAGUAAAUAUUCACUGUCGACAUGUAAUACUUAUCUGUGGAAUUCAUUUUUAAUGUCGAUUGUGUUGCUCGUCUUGAAAUUCUCUAUGUCCUGGAUCAUCUCUCUCCGUAAGUCAAGAUUGCAGGUUCUGCAUUAAGA